UUCACUAAUAACAACAUAGAGAGAACAUAUAUAGUGACAAGUAAUACAAAGUGUCUUCACGGAGUAAAAAUUGUGAAUUUUUAAAACGUGAAUUAAACAUAUAUUAUCUAUUUAUCGAAAUUUUAAUUAUAUCAAAGUGUAAAAAGUAUCACAUAGUAUUGUGAUAUACAUUUAAUUAUAAAUUUUUGAAAUAAUUUUACUCGUUGGAAUUUUUUUACUCUUGUAAAUAUCUCAAGAAUUUUUUCAGAAUAAAGGUACAAUCAAGGUGAGGAAAAAAAGAAAAGUAAAGAAAUAAGUGCAUGAAAACUGGGUUACAAUCAUGAAAUUCGCAAAUCCAUUGCAACGAUUCAAAAAAUGCAUAAUAUUAUUUUCAUUGGGUAUAAGUUGCAGCAUUUUAUCUUAUUUAAUAUAUAUAAUAAAUCCAUCAAAAUUAAUAUUGGAAUAUAAUCUGGAAAUGAGACCAAAUUCAAUGGCUUUUGAAUUAUGGAAGAAACCUCCAAUUCAGAUUUACAUAAAAGUAUACAUAUUUAAUAUAACGAACAUGGAAGAAUUCCUCAAAGGCGGAGUAAAAUUAAAAGUUGAAGAAAUUGGACCUUAUGUUUAUCAAGAAAUAGUGGAAAACCAUAAUAUUACUUGGUAUGAAAAUAUGAUUUCAUACAUUCCAAAAAGAACAAUAAUAUACGUUCCAGAAAUGUCAAUUAAUGAUCCAAAAAAAGAUAUAGUUCAUGUUCCAAAUAUACCUAUGUUGGGACUUUCUUCAUCGUUGCACGACGCUGGAUUUUUUGUUAACUAUCCUUGGACGAGCUUGAUAAAUAUAUUGGAUAGCAAACCGAUAUUAAAACUGAGCGUUCAUGAUUAUCUUUGGGGCUACGAAGACAAACUGAUUCGUUUUGCUAGUGGAAUUGUGCCAAAUUUUAUAGACUUCAUUAAAUUUGGAUUACUCGACAGAAUGUACGACGAAGGGGAAAAUAUAGUAUUGAUGAAUAUUGCAAAAAAUAAAAAUAUGACUGAGGAGGAAGGACGUUAUUUAAGUAUACAAUUAUAUAAUGGUAGUCCAGGAAUGUCACAAUGGGGUUAUCGAGAAGAAGAUGGAAAUGAAACAUAUCCGGAGAACACUAUUUGCAAUCGCAUUAAAGGAACUACUGAAGGAGAAUUAUUUCCAUCUUAUCUAGACAAACAUGCUGUAUUCAGAAUAUUUCGAAAAGCAUUCUGUAAAGCUAUACCAAUUGUUUUCAAAAAGGAAGUGAUAAUGGAUAACGGUUUGGAUGGUUAUCUUUACAGCAUGUCGGAUGAUUUUUUGGAUACUGCUGAACAAAAUCCGAAUAAUGCCUGUUAUUGUCGGAAAAAAAAACAAUGUUUGAAGAAAGGACUUUCUGAUAUAACACCAUGUUAUUAUACUAUACCUGCAGCGAUGUCAUUGCCGCAUUUUCUUCACGCUGAUUCCAGUAUAUACGAUAAUGUGGAAGGUCUUAAUCCGGAUUCUAAAAAACAUACUUCGCAAAUUAUAAUACAGCCGACGAUCGGUAUCCCAAUGAAAAUUAACUCGAAAAUACAGAUUAAUCUCGUUAUGCAACGUACAAUUUAUAAUUCCAAAAUCAGGGCUUUUAAUGAUAUGACGAUACCAUUAUUUUGGACUGACUUGGUAAUGGAUUCGUUACCAAAUGAUCUAACAUUCAUUUUAAAAUUAAUACUUCAAAUAUGCCCAAUGGUACAAACAGUGAUAAUUUGGUUACUAGCUAUCGCAGGAAUGACGAUGUUCGUAUUAUCGUUAUUAGCUAUAUUGUGGACUAUCAAUCAGCAACAGGAACCACUUCCAUCCGAAAGAAGAGAAAGUUGCGAUUUACGAAUACCAUUGAAUUAUAGUCAAUAUACAACAAUACGUAUUUUGCCGAAUAUUAAAAAGAUAAGAUCCAAGUCAAAUUUAUUUAGUUAA